AUGGUGGGCGCCUGCCACUGCAUGGCCACACUGCCUACGCGAAAGCCAGAGAAUGGUCACCAAAAUCCCCACAGAGGGCGACGCACGCAAAGCACGGCACAGAGUCGGCGAUGGUUCUGCAUCUUCGCCGGGCUUAUGAUGGCUUCCUCAGGUUUCAUGUGUUUCAUCGACAUGCGCGAGGUUCAACAUCCGCUGGAUCGUGGGGGUGACGUUGUUUUGAGUCCAUUUUGGCAGUUGGCUGAGCCAGUCGCGUGCUUUCUGAGCUCCAUCCUGUUCUGGCCGGUUCGUCUCCAGCUACGUCUGCAAUCCAGCAUGGCCGCACUGGACCGAGACCUUGAACCUGGAAGGACUUUGAACUUGCACGAGGCAUUGGAGCGCGCCUCCCAACAAAGCUGCAUGACCAUGCAGCACCUCUUCCAACUCCAAAAUGCCUGCCCACAGCCUCUGCUGGUUCGGAGCAGUCGCCCCCACGUUGCGAUCCUUCCCUCUAGAUUUGGCCGUCGGCGCAUGCUAGUUGUCACUGAUGCUUUGGUCACACAGCUGUCAGAUGCAGGCCUGCGGUUUGUCGUGGGCCGCGAGAUUGGCCGAUCGUGGCUGCACCACGGAGAUUUAGUUGCCGCAUGGACGCUCCAGCACUUCGUGCGCCAGAUGGUCUUUGUACCACUGCAUGUAUUUGGACUUCGGCCGGCAGGGCAUCCGGAGCUCAAGCCGUCGCCAGAGGAGAUGCAACGGCGUGUGCAGGUUAGGCGUUUCAUAGAUGCUGUAGCUGAUGUGUGCGAUGUUUACAGAGGUCUGAGGUCAGGUCGCUGGCCUGGGCUUGCCGACCUCGAUGUGGACGAUAUUUGGGGGCCCGGUGAGCGCGGAUGGCCGGUGCAGAAUGCCGACGACGGAAUGUUUGCAGUCGCUGCGGUUUGCUCACGACUUCGGGCGCCAGGAGGUGCCUGGGCCCUAGGUGCAGCUGUGGCCGGUUCUGCGACACCACGACUUUUAGCUGAGAUCUUCUCGCUGCCACCCCGUGAAGAGCGGCAGCUGCGGCGAUGCCUACGUUUUGGCACGUGGGGAUUGGGUUUGUGGGCAGCAAAAGCAAGAGCUGAAGUGUUUUCAGCAGAUCGCCUCGGACUCAUUGCAGCUGGUGGUGACUUAGAUGCUGCGUUAAGAGCCAUGGUGGCUGCAGCCAAUUCCUUCAACGAUGUUGCCACGGCCGCACUUAUCGGCGUCGACGAGCUGGUCCGGCAAGCACAGUAUUUGAGCUCCGUGAUGCCGCCAUCAUACUUGUCGCGACAGCCUUCCCUCCCUGCUAGAGUCGCAGACUUGUCGACCUGGGCAUAUUCGCCCACAGCACGCGCAGCAUUCCAUCGUCAGGGCAGGUUCUUGUUGAUGCUCUUGGCCUGCUUUAGUGCCGUUUCUUUGCUGCGGCAUGUGCUGCACGGACUGGCACAGCAGCUUCAAGGAGAAGCUGUUGCAUCCGCCGCCUUGACUGCGAUAGUGACCGGGACGUCGCUGCAGCUUUGGCGACAUGCGGAAGAAAUGGUACAGACGCGAAGCUUGCUGGAGACCACACGUGGGGAAUGGAAACACGGCAUUGUCUGCCUGGAGACCAGCAUCUUAGGCAGCGCUUUGCAGCUAAGCUUGGAAGAGGCUUUGGGACUUGCAGCUGCACUGGCCCAGCUUGCUCCGGUUUUCCUGUUCGAAAACUGGGGUAUUCAUGGACCGCCAGCAUACAGAUGGGCUGCUGUUGUUGCUCAUGUGGCAAUGGCCAUCAUCAUCAUGCUGUGUGCCCGGAAGAAGCUUCUGCACAGCCUCGGUAGCGCAGUGCCAGCUCCCAAAGACCUGUCGGUGGAGGUGCUGGAAGUUUGGAUCGGCCUGGCCGCCGGCAACUGGGCCGCCUCUUCCUGGGCAGCGUGCACCUGGUGGCGCUCAGCAUCCGCUGGCAUCCAGGCAAAACUUCCCGUCCUGGCUCUUGCUACCGCACAGCUCACAAACUUUUGGUUGGCGCACCGCUCGCGGCAGCCUCUCUUGCUUGCUGCCUGUGUUGCGCUCGGUGGGCUGUCGAUGGCAAAUUGUUGUUGCAGGCCACAUGGCGUGGUACUAGAUGCAGUGGAUUUAUCAUCAUCUUUGUUUAUGACUCCUGGAAUCUAUGUCGCAUUUUGUGCGGUGAGUGCCUGGCUUCUUUUCCAGGAGUUGUUCAACUCGCUGUGA